CAUAAAUAAUUUCAUAAGGAAAAGAAGAAGGGGAAAUAUUAAGCUAUAGUGUCGGUUUUAAAAGAUUAGUCUUUAGCCGCAGCAUUACCACAACCCUCUCUCUUUUCUUAGGGCUCAAGAAACGAGAAACGUUACUACUCCUACUAUAUAUAAAUCUCACACGCCAAUGAACAACUGAAAAUUCUCUUGCCAAGAUGACAAUAAAGAGGAGCAGAGAAGAAGAAAUAACAGUAGAGACACUAGCCAUGGCUAAUUGUGUCAAUAUCUUACAGAAGAAUAGUUCACUAUCACGUCGAUUUUUUGAGUGCAAAACUUGUAAGAAACAGUUUGAAUCGUUCCAAGCUUUAGGCGGCCACAGAGCAAGUCACAAAAAACCGAAACUGGUAUCACCCUCAGAUCCAAUUAAAUUUAAGACGAAGAAGCAUCAAUGCUCUUAUUGCGGUGAGGAAUUUGUUCUGGGACAAGCUUUGGGUGGACACAUGAGAAAGCACCGUGAUAUAUUAAUUGAGAAACAGAAAGAGAAAAAUACUUUUAAAUCUGCUGAUUUUUUGAAGGCUAAGGAAAAGAUUAAUACGGGUAGUGGAAGGAAAUUGUUCUUGGAUUUGAAUUUGACACCGUCUGAGAAUGAGUUGACGUUGGGGAUUUUCCCGUUUACAGUAGUUCAUUCUUUGUUAUCUUCAAACUCAGUGCACGAAAGUAGCUAUAUAAUUUGUAUCAUGACGGCAAUUAUGAAAAGAAGCAGAGAAGACAACGGUGAAGUGGAAGCACAAGCAAUGGCUAAUUGCGUAAUGCUUUUAUCAUCCCUAGAUCGAGAUCGUCGCAAUUCAUUUGAAUGUAAAACCUGCAAAAAACGAUUCUCAUCUUUUCAAGCGCUUGGCGGCCAUCGGACCAGUCAUAAAUCGCUGAAAUCGUCGAUUGACGUCGGAAAGUUUCUUCAAGGAAAAUUAUCCAAAAAACGCAAGGUACAUGAAUGUUUAAUUUGUGGAAUGGAGUUUUCUAUGGGGCAGGCUUUAGGUGGACAUAUGAGGCGUCACCGUGCCCCUGUGAAUGAAAUUGAUGGUUCGUCGGCGAGAAGGAUACCAGUUUUGAAGAAAUCGAAUAGUAGCAAGAGAAUAUUUUGCGUGGAUCUUAAUUUAACUCCUGAUGAGAAUGAUGAUUUUCAGUUUUGGCCUACGGCACCUGCACCUGUUAUGCGCUGCUUUAUCUGAUUCCCUCGAACCACUUUCAUUAUUAGCCUCUUAGGACUAGCUAGAACUGAAGAUGUCUUUCAUUUUAUUGUGUAUAUUUAUUCGGAGCUGAGCCAAUAGGCCAAAUGGAGUUCAUUUGAAGUUUCUUCACAAAUUUAUAUAUAAUUAAAUUAUUUUUUAAAUAAAUAAAUAUAAUAGCUAUUAAAUCUUCUUUAAUUUCUUUGUUUAUUGGCUUUUCAUAUUUUGUGAAUAUAUAUAGAAUUUGUGGAUAUAUCCACAAAUUCUAUUAUCUCUUUACCCCA